AUGUCUUUUCAAAACCACCACCGCCCCAUCGCCUACUCUUCCCCAUUCAUCCCCCCUCUCUCCGACAUCAUCGGCCUCGAACCAGAAAUCGAUAGACGCUGCGCCGGUCUCGCCCCCUCACAAGGUCGUCGGUGUCGCAACCACACGAACCAAAACGGUCGCAGCUCGGCGAUGAUGCUUCUGCACCAGGGCACUAAGGACCUUCGCGCUGGUCGGAGUAUCGAUACCCUUUUGGCAGAACUCGGUCCGCAUGUUCUGUGUUGGCGGCAUAAGGAUCAAGCUUCGGGAUUGGAGAGGAUCUGGAGGGGGAAGGUCAGGGCGUAUCUGGAUGAGCGGGGGGCUGUUGCUGCUGCUUCUUCUUCUACGGCUUCUAGACGCUCGACGGCGUCGACGAGACAGGCGAGGCCGGAUGGGUCAGCGAGGCGAGCAGAGCCAGCGAGGCUUGAACCCCUAACUAUCGCUCGGGGGUCCGCUAGAGACAAUACGAGUAUCAACGACCUGACCGUCCUGAUCGACCAAGCCCUUCGGAUCAAUAUUGACUUGAGAAGACGUGUCGAGGAGGCUCGAGGUGAGCUAUCAGUUACUGCUGCGCGCUCGUCUCCUCGUCAGCAGGAGAAUAGCAGGUCCAGCAGAAGCGCAGUCGUCAACUCCACUAGCGCGAGGGGCAGCACGUCGAGCGGAAACACUCUUAGGACUUCUCCCGAAGAGCGCGUUUAUAUCACGGCGAGAAUACCCUCCACCGGAUAUGGCAGUUCGUCAGAAAUCACAAGAACCGUGCCUCGAUCCAUGCAGGUGCAGGGACAGGCUCCUGUUAGUCGAACAAGGGCAUCAGCUUCUGUUUCAAGCCGGAGUCAGAGUCAGAGCCAGGACACAAGAUCAACGACUUCGGAUACUGCGGUUCGCAACUCCAGGAGUGCUGGGAUUCAGGACCGUCGGGAUGAGACUCCACAGGUCAGGCGCCGCAAGGUGGAAGGAGAGUGUGGGGUCUGUUUGUGCGAGUUGCGUGUUCCGAAGCAGGAUGACGAUGCGGAUGAUGAAGAGGAGAGCGAUCAUAGCGAGGAUGAGGACCACGAUGAGGGUGAUAAUCAAGACGACAAUGACGACGACGAUGAUGAGCAUCAAAAUGAUGAACUGGCUUGGUGCAAAGCCCGCUGCGGAGUCAACUUCCACAAACCGUGCAUCGAUCAAUGGCUGAAAGUAGCUGGCACGCCCACGUGCCCAGCAUGCAGAAGUAUUUGGAGUCGCUCAAUGAUGAAUGCGGAAGGGUCUCUUUCUAAUUUCGAUAUCACCGAAUGGUUAUGA